AUUGAUCUCUUGCCGCGAUCGUUUGUAUAGCCCGAAUCAUUACUCAAUUACUUUCAACUCUGGUUAGUUUAAACUUUUAUUGUUGUUGUGGCUUGGGCUGAAAUCAUUGAACCGAAAGGGUCGUGCUGAAUUAGGGUUGUAAAUAGCAGAAUUCAGUGGGAAGUUUUUCUAUUAAAUUCUAGCACGGAUUAGUUGGAGUAUGAAAGGUUAAUCUUUGCAUUUGGUAGGUCUCGCUUGAAAGGGAUCCGGCCCAAGCAAUGGAGAAUUCCACGAAGUUUUGAAGAAUUUAUUUCAGGGUGUUUUUUAUAUGAUUAAAAAGGAAGAUAGAUAAGGGGAGAAUAAAACUAAGGAAUGAAUUUAAAUCUCAAUCUGUUACAAUCAAACCACUUUGCAAUCUAUAUCUUAACUUAUUUAAAAUACAAUUAAGUUGUGUCUAGAAUCCUGAGAGAUGCAUGUAAAUCAUACGUCCUUCACUAAACUGAAGAAAAGUAAAAAGGGAAAAAAAAAAAAUGAAGAUCAGAAAAUGUGGGACUCAAGUAAUGCAUGUAAGGUUGGAUGUUAGGAUCAGAUGCGGUGGAUCAGCGCCUUCAUAUAUUUUUACUACCACCGAAUGAUAAGACACGGCUGUUACCGUAUUGGUUUUUUUUCCCUCUUGGUAAAGAAGAGGCUAAACGCCCAAGAAAAUAAAGCUGUUAGCAUAUUAUUUUGUUACGGUGUAGGGGGAAGGGACUGUCACGCAUUUUCUGGCAGUGAGCAUACAGAAUCAAAUUGUUUAAUAGUAUAUAAGUACGUAUAUAUAUAUAUAUAUUUUUGGAUUUAAAAUCCAGUAUAUGUGUUAUGGUUGUUAUGGCAGGCCACACAUGUCACGUUUAAUAUCAUGCCAUAUAUACCUGCAAAUCAUAUUGCUUUGAUGCUGUUUUUCAUGUUGAACACUUAUACUUAGCUCCAGUCCUUUGUCACUGAUGUUCUUUUCUGACAUUGAUUAUGUCCUGAAAAUCUGGUGUUACAAAUUCGUGUACUGGGAUGUGCAAAUGGUUCUCCUCUUUGCAGUCCUUGCUGGCCUGGCAUUCAUGUUCUCAGCUAGCAUUUUGCUACAGAUUCUGGCUUGUGCGAUAUACAACAACUGGUGGCCCAUGUUGUCAGCUCUCAUGUAUGUGCUGGUACCUAUGCCUUGCCUAUUUUUUGGAGGCGGGUCCACUCAAUUUCUGAUAAGCCGCGAUGGUGGCGGUUGGAUAGACGCUGCCAAAUUUAUGACAGGAGCAUCGGCUGUGGGAAGUAUAGCUAUUCCUUUAAUCCUUAAGCAUGCCCAUAUGAUUGAGACAGGAGCCAUGCUCAUCGAGCUUGUUUCUUUCUUUAUAUUCGUAUGUACUGUCCUGUGUUUCCAUCAAGCUAACCUUGAUGAUGAUUGGUAAUAUCAAAUGUUAUAGUCCAUGGGACGCAGCUAGCUAGCUAGAUGUGUUGAGAAAGAGAGGACCAGCCGUGUGGCAAUCUAGCGACAUAUGGGAACAAUGUAAUUGUAAAGCUAUUUAACCAAUAUCUGAGACGCAUGUCUUCAGUUUGUGAUUCUUUUCAAUACGUAGUUUGCUUUCAUGUUUAUCAUGUAUCUCUAA